AUGAAUUUUGAAUCUUCGACAAGUGGCACUACUGAUAGACAACAGAUUAUAUUAAUUGAUACGAAUUCAGAUUCUUCGGCAAGCAAUAUGUCUGACAAUCAGCAAAUAUCAAAAGGGAAUCGAAAAAAAGGAGGGCGUCCAAAAGAUGUAGUGUGGGAGUAUUUUACAAAAGGUUCAGCUGCUGAUAAAUAUGGACAUUAUGGAGCAACUUGUCAAUAUUGUGGACAAUACUGGUUAAGAGGAAAACCAAAAAUAAUGGAAAGCCAUUUUGCACUACAUUGCGAAAAAGUUCCAAAUAAUGUUAAUACUAUAUUUCUUCUUUAA